CAAAAUAAACAUAACACUAAACUCCAUUGGAACUUAGACUGCAAAAUUGCAUAUUUGGAAGCCAUGCAGCUGCACAGGAUUCAAAUUUAGUUUUGCAUUUACCAUGCAGUCGCCUGCUGGUGCCGUGCAAUCAGCACGCUUCCAAGAGCUCUGUGAAGAUAUAGACAGGUUCUUGGAUCCUUCAUUGGCCAGUUCCAAUGCAAGUCUAUGUGAUGGCGACAGCAAGGCAACAGCAAAGCUUUCCUUGUCAAAAGGACAGGCAGCUCUGGAGUUGCAGCGUCUAUCACGAAUCAAUGAAGGCUUGAAAGAAGAACUCGAAGGUUGCCAACAGGAGCUGGCCAGAGCUCAUCUAAAGCCUACCCGAAAAGGUUUGCAAGAAGAACGUGACCAGCUUGAGAUAGAGCUGCAAGCAGAGCGGACAAAAAAGAGACGCAUCAGUGAAAUGGAGGAUGAGCUGACCAAGCUGCGACGAGAGCGGGAUUUGUUGGCUUGUGAACUACAGGAAGUGCGAGAAGAAUGUCGCCAGAAGGGGAGUCAAAGGAGUGACGUGGCAGUCCUAGAAGACGAGAAAAAGAACAGUAUCAUUUCCAGUUUGCAGUCCCAGUUGCUGCAAAGCUUGAAGCAAAGCCACACUCCCAAAGAUGAUGUACUGAAGUCUCGAGUUUCAGAGUUAGAGCAAGAAGUGCUCUACUUACAAAUGCUUUUGAAGGAAUCCUAUCCUGAGCAUGACCUAGCUUCGCAGUUGCGCAGCAAACAUAUUGAUUUUGAAAGGCAGCUGCAUGAAUCUGAAAAAGUUCAUGUAGAUUUGUUGCAGGCUCGGGAGAAGAUCCUUACACUUGAGCAGGAAAAGAUGUCCCUCCAGGCGGCUGUGGACAUUCAUGAAAAAGCUCUGAAAGAUUACAACGAUGCACAGGCAGAGAUUGCACGCACACGACAAGACCAAGAUUUGUAUCAAGCAUCGAUAGCUGACAUCCUGACUUCCGCUCGACAGCUGCUUGACAUGCCAGAGUCUCUAUCUGAGCCAAGUCCAUCAAACUUGAGGCUUGUUUGGUCUCGGCUUCAUUCACACUGGACCAAAGAGGCUCACAAGGUCUUGGAAUUGCAGCGACAAGUCUGUGAAGCCGAAGAAAAGCAGAGUCGAGUCAAGACAGAGAUGAGCAAACUUCAGAUUGACUUCUCUUUUGCCGAACUGCAACAGCAAGAGCUAAGAAGAAAACUCAAGGAGUCAGACGGAUUCCUCCAAAAACUCAGAGCUCAGAACACCGUCUUGCGAGAAGCAUUGGCAGGUAAACAAAUUCACAUCCAGCAUGAAGAUCUUCUGAUUGCGGAUCAAGGGGCUAGUGAAAAGGACUUACAACUAGAGACUUCUGCUCUUCAGACAAUGAAGAAGGAAACCGAAAGUUUGAGGCAAGAAGUGGAGCGGCUCACAGAUGUCGAAGGAAAAUUGCGAAAGGUGGAAACCACCAACGCUGAGUUGUGGCAAGCAAACAAGGACCUUGAACGCCAAAUCGCACAGAAAGAGAUGCAGAACAGUUCAAUUCCCACCGAUCAAAUGAAUCCCUUGUCACAGGCAGACUAUGAUGGCCGCACAACCAAAAUUGUACACCUAUUGCGAGGGCCCUUACAAGGGGCUGGAAAUUCCUACGAUUUGGAACAGCAGCAAGCCGCGAGGCAGCUGGAGCGAUACAAGAAGGCCACAAAGAAAUAUGUUUCCGAGUUUAGAGAAGGUCUUUACCAUCUCCUUGGUUGGAAAGUGGAAAUGCGAGGUGACGGAAGCUCCCUAAGAUGGCACUUGACAUCACGCUACCAAGACGGGCAUGUCCGAGAGUUGGUUUUCCAGCUCCGCCCAGGACGAAGUGGACAGCCGGCUGAGUUUGAUUUAUUAGGGACUCCUUGGGCCGAACAGCUUCAAAGUGACCGCCAAGCCAUGGCCUACUUGGAGGUCUACAAUUCCAUUCCCGGCUUUUUGGCCCACGUCACCGUGGAUCGGCUAGCCCAGCAAACUUUCACUCGUUAGACAAGCAAAAGCGGGCAAAAGCGGGCAAAAGCGGGCA